AGCUUGCUGCCGCCGCCGCCAGCUUGUCCCUUAGACUGUCAGAUAAAGCGGCGAGCCGGCCGGUUGGGCGCUGAGCACGGCCCGGGCCGGACAUGGCGGCGCUCUACGCCUGCACCAAGUGCCACCAGCGCUUCCCCUUCGAGGCGCUGUCUCAGGGGCAGCAGCUGUGCAAGGAAUGUCGGAUUGCACACCCUGUUGUGAAGUGCACCUACUGUAGGACUGAGUACCAGCAGGAGAGUAAAACCAAUACAAUAUGCAAGAAGUGUGCUCAGAAUGUGCAGUUAUAUGGAACGCCCAAACCUUGUCAGUAUUGCAACAUAAUUGCAGCAUUUAUUGGCAACAAAUGCCAGCGCUGCACAAAUUCAGAGAAGAAGUACGGACCACCCUAUUCAUGUGAACAGUGUAAGCAGCAGUGUGCAUUUGACAGGAAGGAUGAUAGAAAGAAGGUAGAUGGGAAACUGCUGUGCUGGCUGUGCACGUUGUCCUACAAACGGGUCCUUCAGAAGACCAAAGAGCAGAGGAGACACCUGAGCAGCUCUUCCCGUGCCAGCCACCAAGAGAAGGAACAGUAUAGUCGACUGGGUGGUGGCGGCCAUUAUAACAGCCAGAAAACACUUUCUACAUCUUCAAUUCAAAAUGAAAUCCCAAAGAAAAAAUCCAAGUUUGAGUCAAUCACGACCAAUGGAGACAGCUUUUCCCCAGACCUGGCCCUGGACUCACCAGGCACUGACCACUUUGUCAUCAUUGCCCAACUGAAGGAAGAAGUGGCCACUCUGAAGAAGAUGCUGCAUCAGAAGGAUCAAAUGAUCUUAGAGAAAGAGAAGAAGAUCACAGAGUUGAAGGCUGAUUUUCAGUACCAAGAAUCUCAGAUGAGAGCCAAAAUGAACCAGAUGGAGAAGACCCACAAAGAGGUCACAGAGCAAUUACAGGCCAAAAACCGAGAGCUCCUGAAGCAGGCAGCUGCCUUGUCCAAGAGCAAGAAGUCUGAGAAGUCAGGAGCUAUAACCUCUCCGUGAAAGACCAUCAGGAGGCUCCAGCCAACAGCAGAGGGGUUCCUGGGUUAGGGUUGGUGACCUGGCUGUUCUCUGUGAAUUGCAAGCUUUCUUAAGAAAUCUCUAUUUUAUUACAGUUCCUUCUUUGUGGAAUUGCAGCGGGCUGAGUGGAAACACCUGGUUUAUGCCGUGUCAUGACUGCAUGCUUGGGUGUUUGGGGUUCCAAGCUCUUGUCUUAUACUCUCACUCCCCCCAACCCCGCCCUGACUACUCCUCCCUGCCUCUCUUUCUUUUGGUACUACUCUCUGUGUGCGUGCGUGUGUGCGUGUGUAUGAGUGAGUCACUGUUUAGUGUUAAGUGCAGAAUGGUGUUUGUUUGUUUAUUUGUUUCUGGUUCAUCGCAUCCUGCCGUACCCAUGAGCAAACAGUUUGGCAUUAAUUACAUACAUAUCACUGCCACCCUCUGAACUUUGAAAACUGCCACCUUAAGACUUGGUACAAUGGAAGAGGCUUUCUCUCUCCAGUAAACCUUUUGCUUCAGGGUAUACUCUUGGGUUUUUUUCCAGGUAUAUUAUGUAUGAACUUUGUACUAUGUAUAGCCAGAGUUUUAUUUAUUUUUUAAAAAAAGAAACUUUUUCUUGAUAAAGGAAUAAUGGUAGCCUAGCUUCUUGUUCUUGUAAAAGUGAUGCCUCUUUAAAGAAAAAAAAACCCUACUCUCUACCUUUUAGUAAAGGAAUAAGACCUUUUCUGGUUA